UGUAGGCUAAGCUUGCCGAACGCGGUGCAUGCUGGUUUCCGGUGGGCGCUCUUCGAUCAUGGCGAGCGAUUUCUAUUUGCGCUAUUACGUUGGGCACAAGGGCAAGUUUGGCCAUGAGUUUCUCGAGUUCGAGUUCCGUCCUGACGGUAAACUGAGAUAUGCAAAUAACAGCAAUUACAAAAAUGAUGUCAUGAUCAGAAAAGAAGCCUACGUACAUAAAAGUGUGAUGGAAGAACUAAAGAGGAUCAUUGAUGACAGUGAAAUUACAAAAGAAGAUGAUGCAUUGUGGCCUCCACCGGAUAGAGUUGGCCGACAGGAGCUUGAAAUUGUGAUCGGGGAUGAACAUAUCUCUUUCACAACAUCAAAAAUUGGUUCUCUUAUUGACGUGAAUCAGUCCAAGGAUCCCGAAGGUCUAAGAGUGUUUUAUUAUCUUGUCCAAGAUCUCAAGUGUCUAGUCUUCAGUCUCAUUGGAUUACAUUUCAAGAUUAAACCAAUCUAAAUUGUGUGAAUCUAAAUUUGUAAAGUUUUGGGGGGUGGGAUUCUUUUCAUUCCGUAUCUUGUAUAACGUUUAUGUAUGUCUGUUUUUAUACAGAGUGAUUUAAUAAAAACUAAGACUUUUUUCUUUUUAUUUAGAAAGUCUUUGUAAAACAAGAUUCAUAUUUUAGGGAUGGGCUGUUUUCAUGUUCCUUAUGUUUGCAUGAAUUUGAAGGGGUUGUUAUAUAACGAGUCAACACAUUCAUCUAGAUACGUACAUGAUUAUUCUGUAUUGUGAAGGAAGUUAAGUAAGUAGUAUGUUCAGGAACUGUGCAUGUCAAUGGAUUUUUAGCUUUUUCUGAAAUACAGUGGAAGAAAGCAGAGCUUCCAUAAUUCAGAACAAGUGAUUAUGGAAGAAAUUUCCAUAUAUUAAGGAACAGGUACAACUAUAUAGACCAGUAUCUUAUGGUGAUAGAUAUUAUUGGGUUGCAUUUUUAAUGCAACAAAUUCUUACUAGGAAUAAGAAUUAGAUAAUUAUUUUGUAUUAAGUAGUUAAAAAUAAAAUAAAAUAGCAGUGAUGUUGCUAUCGUUUAUUAGAGGCCAGUAAUCUGCAGCAAUUUACUGGGAUAUCAUGGUUCCAAAUUCAUCCUAUUUUCUGGGCUUAGUUCAAUAAGUUUAUUAGAACAACUUACCAAAUCAUCAAUAACUUAGCAUCACCCCAACUUUGAGUUUCCUUCAGUAUCUUUUUUGUCUGUUUUAACAAUCUUAUAUUUGAAUAAGGUAUUCUGUGAAAUAGCAAGUUUCCUAGUGAAUCAAAUAAGAAAUUUGGCCCAUUUAUUGUUAUCUUCCAAGUUUUGUCUACAUAUGGCACCUAAAAAAGAAAGGGGUUGGUGGGCUUUUUUGUUUUUGGCAAUGAAGGUUGAAACAGUGAUCAGAUAAUGAUAGGGUGUAACAUUUCACAUAAAACUGGGGAAUGGUGAUGGAGACCACAGAAGUCAGUGUGUGCCACAUCUGCAUGAUAUAUGCAUACAUAGUGUGCUACUACUGUUUGGUUGAAAUUUGACUUUGUAUAUUUUAAUAAAAUCAAGUGGUUGUAAAAUAACAGACCACUGCUACUGUUUACAAC